AUGGUCGACGCCAUGAUGACUGACGCGCCUGCGAUUGAUUCCGACGCACCCUUCUCUCUUCGGCCCCGGUUUAAAAUCUCCGAUCUGCCCUUGGUCAAAGAGCAACGCUCCACCAUCGACGCCCUCCUCCUGAAAUUCAAGAAACAAGGCGGCUAUGACUCCCUCCGCAAGCAAGUCUGGGCGAGCUACAACACGUCGGACGCGAAGACCGCGUUGACGGAUCAGAUUCACACCAUUGCGGAGCAGGAGAUCGAGAAGGACUCCAAGCUUUUGAGCAGGGAGAGGGGCAAGGCCGCUACGCUCAUUCAAGGUGCCGUGGAGAGGAGUGGGAUCUACGCAGACGUGGAGAGUCGUAUUGAUGUCGAGAUUGCAAAGCAUCUGAGCACGGUGCUGGAUGCGGUGCGGGAUAUCCGACGCGGAGAUGUUGGGGUCGAGGUCGCCGCCGAGGAGGAACAGAGGGGCGGCAAGAGUGACGAACAAUACUCGCAGGAAACACAGAAUCGGGCUGCCGAACGAGAGAGGAAUAGGUCCAGGAUGGAGCAACUGCUUCGGGAAACGGCGGAGCUGAAGGCCAAGAUCAAGGCGCAGGAGGAGAAGAAGCGCAAGGAGGAAGAAGCCAAGUGGGAGGAAGAAGAGAGGAAGAAACGCGAGGCCGAGGCGGAGGAGAGGAGAAUUGCGAGAGAGAAGAGGAGAAAGGAAGAGGAAGAAAAAGAGGCCGAACGCGUCAAGGCUCGAGACGAACGACAUAGGAAACGCGAGGAGGAGAGACGGGAAAGACAUGCUCGAUACGAAAGAGAGCGAGACAGGGAACGGGACCGCGACAGAGACCGAGAUCGCGACCACGGCCGUGACCGUGAUCGUGAGGUUGAGCGGGACCGCAGUCGAGAUCGCGACCGUGAGAGGGAGCGCAGACGAAGCACUGAUCGCCGCGGUUCAAUCACAGAGUCAGCCGCUGCGACCACCACCACCAAAGACGUGGCACAGGCGGACGAGAAGGAUCUGGAAGCUACGGCGCUUGAGCUACUCCUCAGCGAAGGCAAGAAAAUGGCCGCAAAGGCUAAAGAGCGACCUGCGUAUGAUUUUGAAAAGUCCGAACUCCACAAUAAUCUCGAGACAGCCACAGACGCCGAAGCAGAUCUCGGGAACCCCGAUCGUUUGUUCAAGAAAGGGAGAAAGACAGGUCCCGUGAUAGGAGGUCCUCUGUCGUUCAAGAAAAAGAGAAAACUAGGUCCCGCGAUAGGAGGUCUUCUGUUGUCCAAGAAAAGGAGAAGGUCAAGUCUGAUACGCCUCACGCCAGAAGCCCAAGCAGAGACCGUGAAGAGGGCGAGGCACGCAGUCGACAGGCUUCUCCAUCGCCAACCCAGGAAAAGCGAACGACUAGGGACACUCGGGAGAGGCGGCCUCGGUCCGCAUCACCAUUGGGCAUCGACCGAUACGUUCCUGGCGGAGGGACUCAUCGGACGGAGGAAGAGCGCGAGCGUGAUCGACAGAGGCGUCAUUUGCGAGACUCUGAAAAGGACUCACGCAGAAAAUACGACAGUCACCGGAGUGAUCGGGAGGCCGGUGAACGUGAUAAAGAUAGGGACCGUGAGAAGGAUCGAGCCGAGACUGAUCGUGAUCGGGACAGGGACCGGGAUCGAGACCGCGAUCGAGGCACUCGUGACCGGGAGAGCCGUCGAGACCGAAGCCGUGAACGGGACAGGUCUCGGGACCGUGACAGGGACAGGGAGAGAUACCGGGAGCAACAGCGAGAUCGUGGCGACCGCGACCGCGAUCGAGAACGCGAUCGUGACCGAAGUCGAGACCGAGAUCGCGAGAGAAAGAGGUCACCGUCUCGAGAUCGAGAUCGGGAUCGUGACCGUGACCGUGACCGCGACCGCGAGCGAGACAGGAGAGAUCGAAGCCGCCGGCGCGAUGACCGAAGGGACGACAGACGAGAUGACCGAAGAGAUGACCGGAAGGACGACCGUCGUGAUGAUCGAAGAGCUGACAGGAAAGAUGAUCGUCAUGAUGACCGAAGAGACGACAGGAAAGAUGACCGGCGUGAUCGUGAUGAUCGCCGUGACCGUGAUGACCGCCGACGAGAGCGCGACCGAGCUGGCGACGCUGGUCGAGACCGCGACCGCGACCGCGACUCUGUCAAAAUCGACCGAUAUGUCCCAGGACGUUAAAGAGGGCUUUCCACCGAACAGGUGGCACGUUGUUGCUGGUAUUUACACAGAGAUACGAAGCACCUCAUCCCACGGUCAAUGCGCGUAUCGGUCCAGGUCGACCCAUUGCCGCUGA